AUGAGCUUCGGAAGCGCAGUACACUUCAUCGGGUCGUUCAUCCUUAUGGCGGCCCUGAUCCUCACCAUCGUCAUCAACAUCUCCGCACCCGUGGCGAACCAGAAGUCUCUCUCAUUCACUACCCUCAGCCUGACGACGGGCAACAAUGCCUGGUUCGGUGUGUUUGGAUACUGUUGGGAGGUCGACAGCGUCUUCCAAUGCACCAAGGCCAAGAUCGGCUAUGACGCCGCCGACAUCAUGAAGACCAUCGCCCAGCCCACCAACAGCUGGAGCUGGGAGACCGAGACCGGCCUCAAGGCCCUGAGCGUCGCCCUCAUCAUGCACCCCAUCGGCUCCGGCGUCACCUUCAUCGCCUUCCUCCUCAGUCUCCCCGAGGGCACCUGCGUCUCCAUCAUGGCCACGCUCGUCAGCCUGCUCGCCGCGGGCGUCAACAUCUGCGCCCUCGUCAUCGACGCCGUCAUGUUCAAGAGCCUCGAGAAGGCCAUCAAGGACGCCGAGGUCGGCUCCUCCAAGUACGGCGUCACCUACUACCUCUCCUUGGCCGUCGCCAUCGCCUCCGCCAUCGCCUUCAUCCUCAUGCUCUUCACCUGCUGCGCCGGCCGCCGCGAGCGAAGAAACGCCGAGCGCAAGGUCGGCGACAACGUCUCCUACUAA